GCAUCUUCUUCCUGUUGAUUUCAUUUGUUUAGAGAGAGAAAGAGCGAAGCGGAAGAGAGAGAAGGGGAGAGAGAUUGCAGAGAAGAGCACCUGUCGUUCUCUUCCUCAGACGACUCAGAUUGCUGGAAGCCGAUACUUGGCGUCUUCUUCUCAUCACUUUCAACGCUUUCUGAGACAACCACGAAGAAAUCAAAUGCAACCUUCAAUCAAUCUCUUACUCACUGCGCCACCACUUCUGUAAUUAUCUCUUCUUCUUCUUCUUCUGCUGCUGCUGCUUCUUCUUCUUCUUCUUCAUUCCUUCCAUGGCUGCUUUUGCUGUUGCAUCUCCUCUUUGUACUUGGCUUGUAGCCGCUUGCAUGUCCGCUAGUUGCUUCAAGGACCAUUCCUUCAAUGCCCCUAUCCGUCAUUCUUCCAAGAGAUCGACAUCCACCUCUAAGAGGAAGGCGCUGUCCAAAUGUUGCAGUUUUAGCUCCCAAUUCAAUGCUGGAUUGAUUUCUUCCUUCCGUGGAUUCAAUAUUCAUGACCUCAUGAACUCCUGCCUCGCUUUCGAGCCUUGCGAUGACUACUGUAACAGUGGCUUUUCUCUUUCUUCUUUCUCCUCCUUAGGUAACAAUGGCUUCUCCUCACUUUUUGGACCUAAGACUCUCCCCGCCAACCGCCGGCAUAGGCGUGCGAAUCGGGCUUUGCGUUCAGGUGAGACCGUCGCCAUAGCUGUUCAUCCAGCUGAAGAUGUGAGAACCAAAAAGAAACACCAUACAAAACAAAGAAGAGUAGUUGUCACUGGAAUGGGUGUGGUGACGCCUUUGGGGCAUGAUCUUGACGUCUUCUACAACAAUUUGCUUGAGGGUGUCAGUGGAAUUAGUGAGAUAGAGGCAUUUGAUUGUUCCCAAUUCCCCACGAGAAUUGCUGGCGAGAUUAAGACUUUCUCCACUGAUGGAUGGGUCGCACCAAAGUUCUCUAGGAGAAUGGACAAAUUUAUGCUUUACGCGCUUACUGCUGGCAAAAAAGCCCUGGAGGAUGGUGGAAUUACAAAAGAGCUUAUGGAAGAGUUGGAUAAAACUAAAUGUGGAGUACUGAUUGGUUCAGCAAUGGGAGGCAUGAAGGUCUUUAAUGAUGCAAUUGAAGCACUGCGAAUUUCAUACAAGAAGAUGAAUCCUUUCUGUGUUCCAUUUGCUACGACAAAUAUGGGUUCUGCCAUGCUAGCUAUGGAUCUGGGAUGGAUGGGCCCAAACUAUUCAAUUUCUACUGCCUGUGCUACGAGCAACUUUUGUAUACUAAAUGCAGCUAAUCACAUAAUUAGAGGCGAAGCUGAUGUAAUGCUCUGCGGAGGUUCAGAUUCAGCAAUCAUACCCAUUGGUUUGGGAGGUUUUGUUGCUUGCAAUACGCUUUCACAAAGGAACAGUGAUCCUACCAAAGCUUCACGGCCUUGGGAUAUUAAUCGUGAUGGAUUUGUUAUGGGGGAGGGAGCUGGAGUUUUGCUUCUAGAAGAAUUAGAACACGCUAAGCAACGAGGUGCCCAAAUCUAUGCAGAAUUUCUUGGUGGAAGUUUCACGUGUGAUGCUUAUCACGUGAUCGAACCACACCCUGAUGGGGCCGGUAUUUUUCUCUGCAUUGAGAAGGCAUUAGCUCAGUCUGGAGUAUCCAAGGAAGAUGUGAAUUACGUAAAUGCACAUGCAGCAUCUUCACCAGGUGAAGACAUUAAAGAAUAUCAAGCUCUCGUACAUUGUUUUGACAAGAACCGUGAGUUAAGAGUGAACUCCACAAAGUCUAUGGUUGGUCACCUACUAGGGGCGGCAGGUGCUGUCGAGGCUGUUGCCACCAUACAGGCCAUAAGAACAGGAUGGAUCCAUCCAAAUAUUAACUUAGAAAACCCAGAUGUGGGCGUGGACACAAAUGUACUCGUGGGCCCAAAGAAAGAAAGAUUGGAAAUCAAGGUCGCACUGUCUAACUCCUUUGGGUUUGGCGGCCAUAAUUCGUCCAUCCUAUUUGCCCCGUACAAAUGAAACCCUGAAAAACUUAAACGGGAGUUGUUCAGCUUAAUGCUUACAAGUUGCCGACUGUUGUGGGUUAUUCACCGUGGUCCAAUGAUUGUUCCGCAAGACAUACAGCAACACAAAUUGGUUGGCCGUCCAAUCACUUGUGAUCGAGCAGAACUUAGGCCAAAGAUCGCCUGGUAAACAUUAUAACAUUUUCUGAACAGUUGUGUAGUACUAUGUUGAUUUUGAGGAAUUUAGUAGCUUCUACAGCGUUGAUAAACAAGCCAUUUUGCUCUGCUAUAUUUUCCAUGGAGAUACACUUUAAUUGUCCUAAUCAUAUGCAUUAUAUAACAUUUUGGAGGCUAAAUGAUUUUGAUUUA